GGCCAGGGAGGACAAUGGACGGCCGGCUGGGCCUAAGGCCAAAAGAAAAGAGGCUGACCCCUGAGCUCAAGCCUCUUUUGCUGUUCUUCCUUCUGGGAUCAAGAUCAGGACCAGGAGCAUAUCCAGGCGGCCGGACUGAGGUAAGUAACCGGCAUUCUUUAUUUUGCUUGCAUUUGGGCGGCCGGGGGGGGCAUCGCUCCCCUCCGCUGCCUGCCCAGUGCCCCUUCCGACCCAGGCGGGCAGCGCGGGGCUCCAGCAAGGCCGCGGCUGGGCCUGCUUGCUUUUUUCGGCAGGGGGGCACCAGGUGGGCGGUGCGGGCCUGACUAGGCCGCAAAUGCGGCCUAGUCCCUUUUCCCAGCGGCGGGGGGGGGGCGGCAUUGCCCCCCACCACUGCCUGCCAGCCCAGGAGGGUGGCACAGGCUUGACUAGGCCUCAAAACGUGGCCUAGUCCCUUUUCCCAGCGGCGGGGAGGCGGCAUUGCCCCCCCCCCACUGCAUGCCAGCCCUGGAGGGCGGCACAGGCCUGCCUAGGCCUCAAAACGCGGCCUAGUCCCCUUUUCCCAGCGGCGGGGGGGGCGGCAUUGCCCCCGCAGGAGGCCCUGCUGACCCAGGAGGCUCUGUUGAGAUUUAUGAUUUAAUUUGUCUGUUGAGGCUUAUUUUUGUGGUUUGUUGAAUCUGCUCCUGCCAACCCGAGCGGGAUGCACAGGCCCCAGCUAGGCAGCAGCCACUGCCUGCUUGUUUUUGCAGCUGGGGGGUGGCAUUGCUGCCAGCCACUGGUGUUGCUGGCCAAAAUGUGGCGCGGGCCUCAGCUGGGCCGCUAGGCCGGCCUGCUGUUUUGCCACCCACAGAAGAGGGCCACAAGGCGACCUUUUUGAGCUGAAUCAUGCUGGGGAGGGAUUGCCUCGCCAGGCUGCAGGGCAACCCACUUCAGUUUUUCCUUAUUGGGGGGGGGGGGACUAAGUCAGGCCGCAUGGCGGUCAUGCUUCCACCCCACCCCACCCCCGUUCCCCCUAGUUGGUCUUCAGGAUGUGUGCUAACUGCCUCUAUUUUUUGCAGUCUUAGCGUUUGUGCGCAUUUAGGUUGGCUGGUUCUGUCUUUCACCAAAACAUUCCGAUUGCAAAUAUAAAUAAAUCUAAUAAUUAUAAUUAAUAUAACAAACAAACAAAAACAAACAAACAAAAGCAAAUACAACAAACUGCCAUCAUACUUAGGUAUUUGUAGGUCUUAGUAGUGGUUGACUUGCUUCAAGGUGCAUUAUGUCUCUAGCCGUGGCUGCUGAUCAAAGAGAAGGCUCCCCCUCGCACUCUCUUGGUGCCGUAGGGGUGGGCACCCCAAGAGCCGCAUCGAGGGGUACCCCUAGCAACGCAGUAAAGGCAGCCAACAGGUUUUUAAAAAGGGCCUUGUCUUCCAGCCGGAAGGUCCCACCUAUGAAGUUAAUUAUCUCUAAGAAAAAAGUGAGGGAGUAUGGCCCCUCCACCUCUGAUUCCAGGCCCUACAGGGCCCUUCCUAAGAAGAAAAAGCGGGCAUACACACAGGAGCUCACUGCUGAGAGCGAUUCUUCCCAGUCCAGUGACGACGAUGUGCAGGAAUUGCUGCGUCAGAACCACAUCCUGCAGCGUCGCCUGGCUAGGGCUAAGGAGCGCUUAGAUAAGUCUAAGUCCUCCUGUCGACGCUCCCGCGAGGGUAGGCUUAUGCAUAGGUCACCGGUUUCGAGUUCAUCAGACAGCUCCUCCAGCCCUGAUUCGCGCAGAACACGUCGCAGGAAGAAGAGGUCUUGCAGAUUGAGGAAGCAUGGGCGUAAGUGCAGGAGGGACUCUUCGGAUUCUUCAGAUCUUUCAGGUACGUGUGAUUCCUCCUGUGGCGAGUCGGAAGAACGGUGCAAAGGGUACUGGGUUACUACCCACAAGGCCCCUGGCCUGCCUAGUUGGAUUUGGGAACGUCGCACCCAAAAUGGGGGGCAAAUUUAAGGGAAGGUGCGGGCAUCUAACUUCAAGACCACGGAUCAGCCUCCUGGCAUCCAGCUUAAAAAGAAUAUACGCAACCGCAUUCUAAAUGGGGAAUUUGUGGACUUGUUUGCCCUGCUCUCCCCAGCUUAUUAUUGUAGUUCAAAGUUUAAGCCUAAAUCGCGUCACAAGAAGGAGAAGGCAGUGGAUAUUGAUAGAACUUUUGACAAUUGGCUAGCUGCUUUCGCCUCUUACAUGGGUUUGGUGGCCGCUGCUUACCCAGAUAGGGCUUGGCACUUGGCUAACUAUCUGGGCAUUAUCUUAAAAGCCAAAAAAAUGGCAGGGGACUCAGCGGCUUUGGCUUACGAUGAGCUGUUCUGUGAGAGGGCUGCUGAAGAACCCACAGCCCGUUGGGACAUCAAGGAUAAUGAUCUUUGGUCCGAAGUAGUGGCCCCAAACUUCCAAAAAAGGUCUUUUGGGGAGAAGUCAGGUAAACCCCCCUCCAAAGUGCAAAGGGUGGCUAUAUCAACAUGUUGGGAGUUUAAUAAUGGGUUGUGCAGCAGGGACCGAUGCCGCUUAGACCAUGCUUGUGAGCGUUGUGGUGGUCCUCACUCACGGACUAAGUGUUUUCGGGCUAAGCCCCCUUUUCGCAGUUUUUCGAAAAACAGGAUCAGGGAGUGGAGCCAAGGACGCGAAGGGAGACUCAGGAGCCUCUACCUCUGGAGCCCAGCAAGCCAAGGCUGCCUCCCAGAAAUGAGGUUUUUUCCCACCCUAGCCCCAACCCCUGUCCGCCUCUCCGCGAUGUUACCUUUGUUACAGGCUUAUCCCAACAGGACUGCAGCCAACUACUUGGAAGCAGGGUUUCGUUUUGGCUUCCGCAUCCCUGUCUCCAAUACACCGGUAUCCAGAACCCCUCCUAAUCGAAAAGUCGGUAAUGGAAAUGCCCCUUGUUGCUUUUAACAAAAUUGAAAAAGAGUGGCGUUUAGGCAGGAUGGCCGGCCCUUUCCCGGCUCCCGCUUUCAAAAAGUUUAUAGCUUCCCCUCUUGGCAUGGUGCCCAAAAAACUUCCUGGUGAGUUCUGCAUGAUACACAACCUUUCUUAUCCUACUGGUGGGUCUGUAAACGACGCCAUACCACGGGAGCUUUCUUCAGUUAAAUAUGCAUCCUUGGAUGUGGCCAUUAAAAUGAUUAGGGAAUUGGGCACUGGGGCCUUAUUAGCAAAAUGUGACAUCGAGUCAGCCUUUCGGCUGCUCCCAGUUCAUCCUGAAGAUUCAAAUUCAGGGAUAGCUGGUACUUUGACAAGGCUAUGCCCAUGGGCUGCUCUGUGGCCUGUGCAGCCUUUGAAACCUUCAGCACAUUCAUUGAAUGGGCCUUCAAAACCACAUCUGGUUCCCCUUUUGUGACCCAUUACUUAGAUGACUUUCUUAUCAUUGGGGCCCCAGACUCCCCCAACUGUGCCCUAUCCCUAGCUACAUUCAUGCGCCUUGCAGCUGACUUUGGCAUACCUCUGGCUGCUGACAAGACCGAGGGCCCUUCGACUAUCCUUUCCUACUUGGGUAUUGAAUUGGACACAAUUCGGCAGUCGUCGCGCCUACCGCAAACCAAGUUGGAAUCCUUGAAAGUUUUGCUGGAGGCAAUGCUUGGGGUUAAGAAGACCACCCUUCGCCAGGUGCAAUCCCUGUUGGGUCAUCUUAAUUUUGCAUGUAGAGUAGUGGCGCCAGGCCAUGCCUUUUGUGCCUGUCUGGCACGGCUCACAGCUGGGGGGGUAGCCCCCCACCAUCACAUCAGGGUGACAAAGCAGAUAAAGGACGAUCUGAGGGUUUGGCUUGCAUUCCUGCAGGAUUAUAAUGGGUUUUCUUUUUGGCAGAAGUGCCUUAACCCCAGGGCGGAGUUCCAGGUUCAUUCUGAUGCUUCUGGCCGCUUUGGCAUGUUCUUCAGGGGACAUUGGUGCGCCCAGCCGUGGCCAUCUUCUUGGCACGCAGCAGGCAUUACUCGGGAUUUAACCUUUCUGGAGUUCUUUCCUAUUCUAGUCGCCAUUCGCAUCUGGGGAACCCUCUUUUCGAAUUCCAGGGUCUGUUUCUGGUCUGACAAUGAAGCAGUGGUAAGAGUUAUAUCUAGGCAGUCAGCAAAGUCCCAGAGGGUCAUAAGGGUCCUGCGCCUGUUUGUCUUGGAGUGCCUGCGGCACAAUAUUUAUUUCACUGCCCGCUUCAUACCUGGCCUUAACAAUAACAUUGCUGAUGCCCUGUCUCGUUUCCAGAUGGAGCGUUUCCGCGAACUGGCACCAGGAGCGGCCCAGUCCCCAGACGCCUUCCCAGACGAUCUGUGGGAGAUUGGAAGCGAGAAGUAAACCAGGGAGUAUUGGCAGCAAUAGCACCCUCCACUAGACGUUCUUAUUCCAGGGCCUGGGAUGCCUUUGGCCACUUUCGUGGCUCUGCAACACGGCGCGCAUCUGAGGAGGAGGUGCUUCAGUUCUUGGUGCUACUAAAGCGCAAGGGCCUUGCCAUAAAACCUUUAAUGCUUUACAGGGCAGCUAUUUCUUUCUUUUGUAAAUUCCGUCACUGGCCAGAUCCCAGUGACAGCUUCCAUGUCAAGAAGUUACUGGCUGGGUGGCGGCGUGUCAUUCCCCCUCGUCAGGAUGCCAGGAAGCCUAUCACCAUAGACAUACUUUAUCUAAUUUGGAAAAAACUACCAGAGAUCUGCUGGUCAAAUUUCGAAAUGCGUCUCUUUCGGGCAGCAUUUUCCCUAGCCUUUUUUGGUGCCAUGCGCAUUGGGGAGUGUUUGGCUGGGCCCCUGCAAUCAGGGUUGGCAGACAACAACAUCAAGUUCUCUGGGCAUACGUUGAAUGUAAAGAUUCGGUCCUCAAAAACUGACCAGUUGCAGAAAGGGGUCACGCUCGCGCUGUCCCCAACGGAAUAGGCGGGCCCCUGCCCAUAUCGCAACACACGCCGCUUCUUCAGGGUCUGGCCCCAGUGCAAGGGCCCUUUCUUCAUUCACUCAAACACGUGUCCGUUGACGCGAUCACAAUUCACAGCGGUUUUACGCAAAGCCUUAUCUGCCUGCAGUGUUAGUCCCCAGGAAUAUUCCGGGCACUUGUUUCGUAUCAGGGCUGCUACUUCAGCAGCGAUACAGGGUUGGGACUCCGCACACAUAAAGACACUGGGCCGCUGGUGCUCGACAGCCUGCAAAAGUUACAUUCGUCCCGGCUCCUCCUCCUUAUCACUUGCAAUUUAAUUGUCUUACAGGUUUGCUCACCAUGAAGAUCUGGGUGAUAGGCCACAGCAUUGUCCAUUGGGAAGCGGAUUAUGCACGGUCUCAAAAUCGUGGCCAUAACCUUAACAUCCACCCCAAGGCACGCUUUUAUUGGAUGGCCCAGCGGGGCAUGCGUUGGCGGAGCUUGAUGCCCAUGCUGCAUAGUGCCGCAGCGACCCAUGAUCCUCCAAGGGUCUUGAUUAUACAUGCGGGGGAGAACGAUCUAGUGGAGCAAAAAGGCAUUGCCCUUACCCUUGCUGCAAGGUCAGGUCUAAAAAGCCUGCAUGCCUUGUACCCAUCAAUGACCAUCGGCUGGUCCAAUCUCCUACCCCGUCUUCACUGGAGGGGGGCUUCCAAUCCCUCUCGCCUCAAUUAUGCGCUCACACUGUAUUGUUUCUAAACAGAAGACCAGCUUACUCAAAUAACUUUUGACCUUCGUCUUUUUCACUUGUGACCCAGUUUUGUUCCAGAACCCAUUUGUUUUC